GAGAAAAAAAGUGAAUAAAAAAGAAAUUAUUAUAUAUUUAUAUUAUAUUAUAAAAUUUAUUUUUUGUAAACAACAAUGACUAUCAAAUUUUUGACAAAUUUAUCCAGCGAUUUUUCUUAUUUAUUAGAAAAACCAUGUUAUAAUUCAGAUGUUACAAUAGAAGUUAUGGGAGAAAAUGAUAGUAAUAUAAAAAUUUUUAAUGCACAUUCGAUUAUAUUAUACGCAAGAUCCGAAUAUUUUAAACAAAUUAUUACUCAAACCAGAGAAAAUAUUUCGAAAAGAAAUCUAAGUAUGGUUAUUUUACGUGUUACGAAUAUUACUCCGAACGUCUUCUCUAUGAUCCUAAGGUACAUGUAUACGGGAAUUAUUGAUUUGGGAUCAACUUCAGGGGAAGAUACUUUUGGAUUAUUGAUCGCAUCAUCAAAAUUAAACUUUCCAGAAGUUGUUGCUUAUAUUCAAGAAUAUCUCGUGGAAAAUCAUAAGGUGUGGUUAAUAGAAAAUUUUUCUACCGUCAUAAAUAAUAUUUUUAAAUUAGAAAAUUGUAGAAAAUUACAAAAUUUUUGUAUUUCUUACAUUUGCGUUGAAGCUAAAAAUUAUUUUAAAUCAAAGGAUUCAUUAAAAUUAAAAAAAAGAAUUCUUUCUUUAAUGUUAAAUUUGGAUAAUUUAUAUAUAGAAGAGGACGAUAUUUGGGAUUUUUUAAUUAAAUGGGGAAAAGAAAAUACGAGAGGUGUAUUAUCAAAUAUUAAUAUAAAUAAAUGGAUAGAUAAAGAUAUUGAAGAUUUAAGAGAAACUUUGGAUGGUUUAAUUCAAUUAAUUAGAUUUAGAGAAAUUAGUUCGGAUGAUUUUUAUGAAAAAAUUAGACCUUAUAAAUCAAUAAUUCCUUAUGACGUUUAUGAGGAUAUUAUGGCACAUCAUUUGAUUGGAGCUGAAACUAAAAUUGGAAUGCCAAGUUUACCAAGAAGAGGUUUUAUUGAUUCCGUUACAUUAAAUUCAAAACAAGCUGCUAUAUUAUCAAAUUGGAUUGAUGGUGGUAAAAAUGAUGAUGAUUUAAACCUUUUAUUACCAAAAAAUAAUCCUUACGAAUUUUCAUUAAUUUAUAGAGGAAGUUUAGAUGGUUUAAAUAUUAAAUCAUUUAGGGAAAAAUAUAAAAAAUUAAAAUGUUCUACUUUACUUGUAAUUAAAUUAAAAAAUUGUGAUAAAAUUAUUGGUGGUUAUAGUAAUCAUUUUUAUUAUUUUUCUAAUAAUCAUUUAGAUGAAAGUGGUAGUUUUUUAUUUAAUUUUGAUCAAAAUAUUAAAUCUUAUAAAAAAAUUGAUGGUUUAUUUAAGAAUUUAUAUAAUGGUUUACAUGAUUUUAAUAAUCAAUUAGUUUUUGGUAAUGGUGAUUUGGUUAUUUAUUUUGAUAAUUUAAGUAUAAAAUGUAAACAAAUUAGUUAUAAGGAAAGAUUAUUAAAACAAGAUUCAACUUAUCAAGUUGAAGAUAUUGAAUUAUUUAGACCCAUAUGGAAAUAGAUUUAUGUAUCAUUUAUGUAUUGUAAAGUUUUAUGUAUAAAAUAGAUUUUAUUUAUUUAUUUUUUAAGAAUAUUAAUAAUUUAUAAUAAUUAAUAAAAUUAAUUUCACC